UGAAAAUGAUGAAAUGAUAUUCCAUAAAUAGACAAAACCACUAACAGCGGAAAUAUCUAAUCAUUUGAGUAAAUAGAGUUCUAGAACUUUUUAGAACCGAAUUUGUCAACUGCAACCUAUAUGUUCUUUUUCAACUGAGCAAAACGACGUGGACAUUGUCAUAAAUACAUAAAAUAUCAUUAAGCAACAGAAACUGACUUUUAGCGUAACUGAAAGUUUUACCUUUGGCCGCCCCAAAUCUGGGAUGAUUUAUUUUGUCAUUAUCUCAUAUCAAUAAAUUAGGCAAUCAUUUCUAUUCAUUUUAUAGAUAGGUUGCGUUUUUGUUUCUUUGCUUUUGCUUUUUUUUUCCAAAGAAACUACAAUAUAUCCUUUAUUCUACCUCUUUCAAUAACAUACCACAAGUAUCUUCCUCAUACAAAUAAGAAAUAUGGGUAAAGCACAAAGUAAACUUAGUCCGGAACAGUUAAGCGAUUUGCAGAAAUGCACAUAUUUCGAGAAAAAAGAACUACAACAAUGGUAUAAAGGCUUUUUGAAAGACUGUCCUACCGGUCAACUAGACAAAACAGAAUUUCAGAAAAUAUAUAAACAGUUCUUUCCAUUUGGCGAUCCUUCACGAUUUGCGGAUUAUGUGUUUAACGUGUUUGACAAUGACAAAAAUGGAAUGAUAGACUUUAAAGAAUUUAUAGUGGCAUUAUCGGUUACAAGUAGAGGACGAGUCGACGAAAAACUAUAUUGGGCAUUCCAGUUGUAUGAUAUUGAUAAUGAUGGAUAUAUUACUCGGGACGAAAUGCUGAAAAUUGUGGAUGCGAUUUAUAAAAUGGUAGGCAGUAUGGUGAAACUACCUCCGGAUGAAGACACUCCAGAAAAGAGGGUCAAUAAGAUAUUCGAUUUAAUGGAUAUUGACAACGAUAAUAGACUCUCUAUGGAUGAAUUUAAAGAAGAAUCGAUGAAUAAAGAUAUCAGGGCCUCGGACUUGGACUCAAAAACAUCCCUACUUGAAUGAGUAGACUACAUAACACAAGACAGCUCUGUAAAUGAGACAACGGACGAAAGUUUGCAAUUCGAGGAUUGAUAUCAUAAAGUAUCCCUUUUUUUUUUUUUGAAG